UCCCUCCCUCUCCCUAUCUCCGUCAAGCUCAGCUCGCUCGCAGUGGCAACGCCAAAGCAUAGGCUGCACGAGAACAAGAGGAUUCUGCACGGUGGUUUGCUCCGUGAUUGAUCAGGUUCCACCAUGUUCCAAUAUUUGCAAGAAUGGCCAGAGAUAUAGUCACCCAGUUUCUGGAUGGAUGCUUUUGCAUUGAUCCAGCUGAUAUUCAUCAUAUGUGUAUCCAGUCAAUUUCUGUUGAAGAAUAUUAGAUGGUGCGGGCAGAGAUUGAAAACUUCAACUCCUGAGAGCAAUAAGCAUUCAUAUCAGGGCCAAAAGAAUAGAGACAUAAAGCUGUCUGUAUCAUACCAAGCAACCAAAGCUUGCUGCCUGCUUAUGUUAACAACUCAUGUCUUGCGGUUAUUACUUUUCCAGUUACACAAAAAGUCAAGCAAUUGCAAGUAUCUGCAUUGCAUGCUAAGUGAAGGUUUGCAGGUGUUAUCCUGGAUAAUAUUGUCACUAGCAGCAUUCAGUUUCCAGGAAACAAAAUCUACUAAACUACCAUUGAUGAUUCGAACAUGGUGGAUAUUCAACUUUCUGCAAUCAACUGCCAGGGUGGGGUUUGAUCUCAGGUCAACUUUAUCAAAACAUGAACACAUGGGGUAUGAAGAAUGGAUCAAUCUGUUCAGUUUUGGCCUUUGCGCUUAUCUGUUUGCAAUUUCAGUCAGAGGAAAAACAGGGAUCAGGAUCACCUGCACAGAUAGCAGCAUAACAGAGCCACUUUGGAUCCCAUCUGUAGCACAGGAGAUGGAAACUGACAGGCUAUGUCAAUAUGGAAGUGCAGGUAUUCUACAACAUAUCACAUUCUCCUGGAUGAACCCUAUCAUAGCUACUGGAUACAGGAAACCUCUAGAUAAGAACGAUGUCCCAGAUCUUGAUGGGAAAGACUCUGCCAAGUUCCUCUCUGUUUCGUUUACAAAGAUCAUAGAUGAUGUUGAACUCAGGCAUGGUUUAAGUACAUCAUCAAUAUAUAAAGCAAUGUUCCUGUUUGUUCGCCGGAAAGCAAUGGUCAAUGCAGGACUUGCUGUGUUAAGUGCCAGCGCUUCCUAUGUUGGACCAUCACUGAUUAACGACUUUGUAAAGUUCCUUGCAGGAGACAGGCAAUAUGGACAUGUAAGAGGUUACCUUAUAGCAUUAGCUAUUCUAAGUGCCAAAGUAGUGGAAGUAAUAGCAGAUAGUCAGUGGUGGUUUGGAGGUCAACAGCUCGGGAUGCGGCUGCGAGCUGCUUUGGUAUCGCACGUCUACCAAAAGGGACUUCAGUUAUCUUUCAGUUCAAGGCAGAAACACACCAGUGGAGAGAUCAUAAACUAUAUGGAUGUAGAUAUACAACGGAUUUCUGAUGUCUUAUGGUACACAAACUACAUAUGGAUGCUACCCAUUCAACUCUUUCUAGCUGUCUAUGUUCUCUAUCGAAAUCUAGGGGCUGGGGCCUGGGCUGGUUUAGCAGCAACAAUGGCAGUAAUGGCUUGCAAUAUUCCACUAACCAGAAUGCAAAAAAGGUUGCAAGCCAAGAUCAUGGCUGCUAAAGAUGAGAGAAUGAAGGCGACAGCAGAAAUUCUUAAGAGCAUGAAAAUACUGAAACUUCAAGCAUGGGAUAUGCAGUACCUUCAAAAGAUAGAGGCUUUAAGGAACGACGAGUACAGGUGGCUAUGGAGAUCUUCGAGGUUGUCAGCUCUGACAUCACUAGUAUUUUGGGGGGCACCUGCAUUCAUAUCCUGUGUAACUUUUGGUUCAUGCAUAUUGAUGGAGAUUCCUCUUACUACUGGUAGUGUUUUGUCUGCCCUUGCAACAUUCCGGAUGCUACAAGAUCCAAUCUUCACACUUCCUGACUUGCUUUCAGUGUUUGCUCAAGGGAAAGUAUCAGCUGAUAGAGUGGCAAAGUACCUACAGGAAGAAGAACUGAAAUGUGAUGCAGUUACACAAGUGCCAAGAAGCGACACAUGCUAUGACGUGGAGAUUGAUCAGGGAACAUUCAGCUGGGAGCUUGGGACCACUUGUCCAACUCUCAGAGAUGUACAGUUAAGUGUAAAGAGAGGGAUGAAAGUAGCUAUCUGUGGAAUGGUCGGCUCUGGAAAAUCCAGUCUAUUGUCAUGCAUACUUGGGGAAAUGCCAAAACGAGAUGGGUCUGUCAGGGUCAGUGGGAGCAAAGCAUAUGUUCCUCAAACUGCCUGGAUCUUAUCUGGUAACAUCAGGGACAACAUUCUCUUUGGAAACCCAUAUGAUGAUGAAAAGUAUGAAAGGGUAAUAAAUGCUUGUGCACUGACUAAAGAUUUUGACUUACUUCCAAAUGGAGAUUUGACUGAGAUUGGUGAAAGAGGAAUUAAUAUGAGUGGUGGGCAGAAGCAGCGAAUUCAAAUUGCAAGGUCGAUGUACGGAGAUGCAGAUAUUUACCUGUUUGAUGAUCCUUUUAGUGCAGUAGAUGCUCAUACUGGAAGCAAGAUUUUCAAGGACUGUGUCAUGGGAAUCCUUAAAGACAAAACAGUCCUGUAUGUGACCCACCAAGUCGAAUUUCUUCCAGCUGCAGAUCUUAUAUUGGUGAUGCAGGGCGGAAAGAUUGUGCAGAGAGGGAAAUUUGAUGAGCUCCUUCAAAGGAACAAAGGAUUCAAAUCAAUGGUAGGAGCCCAUAGCCAGGCUCUUGAAUCUGUCAUGAAUGCCCAUAACUCAAACGGAACAUCAUCAGAUAACCAGAAAUUAGCAGAUAUUGAGGAUGAAUUCAACACAGAAAAGGAAACUGAUGAUCAGCUACAGGGCACAACAAAGCAAGGGUUAGUACAAAAUGUCUCACAAGACAACAGUGACAAGGGGAGGUUAACACAAGAUGAGGAGAGAGAAAAGGGAAGCAUUGGCACAAAAGUUUACUGGACGUACCUAAGGGCAGUUUAUGGUGGUGCCUUAGUUCCAGUAAUAAUUGCAGCACAGUUAUUGUUCCAAAUAUUUCAGAUAGCAAGUAACUACUGGAUAGCAUGGGCAUCCCCUCCAUCAUCUGAAACCACCCCAACCGUUGGAUUAGACCUCCUCUUCUCUGUGUAUAUAGCACUAUCUAUGGGAAGUGCACUAUGUAUCUUCGCCCGCACCAUGGUCACAUCACUUAUUGGUUUACUAACGUCAGAAAAGUUCUUCAAGAAUAUGACCUGCUGCAUCCUGCGUGCCCCAAUGUCCUUCUUUGACUCGACACCUACUGGAAGAAUUUUAAACAGGGCCUCCAGUGACCAAAGUGUUCUAGAUCUGGACAUAGCAAACAAGCUUAGUUGGUCCUUGCUUUCAGUCAUACAAAUCCUGGGUACCAUUGGUGUUAUGUCACAGGUUGCAUGGCCAGUUUUUGCCAUCUUGGUUCCAGUGACAGUACUCUGCUUCCUGUAUCAACACUACCAAAUCCCAGCAGCAAGGGAGCUGGCUCGUUUGUAUAAAAUUCAAAGGGCGCCAAUACUACACCAUUUUGCAGAGUCACUUUCAGGAGCAUCGAGCAUUAGAGCAUAUGGUCAGAAAGAUCGUUUCAGAAAAGAAAACCUUGGUCUUUUAGACAACCAUUCCAGACCAUGGUUCCAUAACUUGGCUUCCAUGCAGUGGCUUUCUCUCAGGCUAGCCAUGCUGUCCAACCUUGUCUUUGCAGUUUGUUUGACUCUACUAGUCAGCCUUCCUGAAGGUUUAUUGAACCCAAGCAUUGCUGGACUUGCAGUGACUUAUGCAUUGAACCUCAACUACCAGUUGAUGUCUAUGAUUUGGAACAUUAGCAGAAUAGAGAACAAAAUGAUAUCAGUAGAAAGAAUAUUGCAGUACUCAAGGAUACCUAGUGAGGCUCCUCUAAUAGUAGACUACUAUCGCCCACCAAAUAGCUGGCCACAAGAUGGAAUGAUCAAUAUAAGAUGCUUGGAGGUGCGAUAUGCAGAGCAUCUCCCAUCUAUUUUAAGGAACAUAUCAUGUAUAAUUCCAGGAAGGAAGAAGGUGGGGAUUGUAGGACGUACUGGUAGUGGAAAGUCAACUUUUAUCCAAGCACUUUUCCGGAUCGUUGAACCACGGGAAGGGACAAUCAAAAUCGACGAUAUUGACAUUUGCAAAAUUGGGCUGCACGAUUUACGUGACAGACUUAGCAUCAUUCCACAGGAUCCAACUAUGUUUGAGGGAACAGUGAGAGGGAACCUUGAUCCACUAAACGAGUACUCUGAUCAACGUGUGUGGGAGGUAUUGGACCAAUGUCAGCUUGGUGAUAUAGUUCGGCAAAGCCCAAAGAAGCUGUAUUCAACAGUUGUCGAGAAUGGGGAGAACUGGAGCGUGGGUCAGAGGCAGCUGUUCUGCCUUGGAAGGGUUCUGCUAAAGAGAAGCAAUGUCCUCGUACUCGAUGAGGCAACUGCUUCAGUUGACUCCUCCACUGAUGAAAUUAUCCAAGAAACCAUUCGUCGAGAGUUUGGGAAUUGCACGGUGUUGACGGUAGCGCACAGAAUUCACACAGUUGUUGACAGCGAUCUCAUUCUUGUCUUCAGUGAAGGAAGGAUCGUAGAAUACGACACACCAUUCAGACUACUGAAUAACAAGAACUCUGAGUUCUCCAGGCUCGUCAAGGAGUACUCAAGGCGGUCCCACCGCUUCAGUGGUAGAGCAAACAACUGAAUGGCGAUGAGCUCAACAUGAAGCCAAGAAUUGAAAUUGAGGCCAAUCACAGUGGGUGGCAUGGCACUAGCUCCUAUAUCCAGAC